UCGCAUCAGACGAAGGAGUUCAUUGGCAGGUGCAGGAGUUUGGACAACUGUAACCCACCAUAAGUGAAUAGUGCAAAAAACAAUAGGAGUAGCCCCUUUCAGUAUUGUCAUUUAGCAAAAGUGAAUAGUGAUUAAAUAUUGUUUUUGAAAAUUUCAAUUUAACAAAAUAACUAAAUAAUGAGCAAAGAAGAGGCAUCAGACAAAACGUCCGUCGAGGGUAAUGUGCCUGGCAUGCAGCUGAAUCGAACGCUCACAGAUCUCAAUAUAAAUUCUGAAAAGCAAACAGAAGCGUCAAGUAAAGAUGCACCAGCGGAGUUUGAAACGGCUAUGAAUGUGGCUGGUUUUGGUACAUUUAAUAUUCUGUUAUUAAUUUGUGCACUACCCGCUGCUAUGGCUACAGUGCUCGAGACUUCGGUGAUAUCGUACAUCUUGCCGAGUGCUGAAUGUGAUCUCAAAUUGUCGCUGAUCGAUAAAGGACUUUUAAAUGGAAUUACUUACGUAGGCAUGAUUACUUCAGCCAUAUUAUGGGGCUACGUAGCUGACACAAAGGGGCGCAAAAAAUUGCUCAUCUCUGGUUAUUUGACUAACAUUAUAUCCAUAUUGGGUGCAGCGUGCAGUCAAAAUGUCAUACAGCUCAUGGUCUUCAAAUUCAUCUCCGGAUUCAUCAUGUGUGGUCCUUUCGCCGUUCUAAUGAGUUACCUAAGCGAAUUACAUGGCAAGAAAUAUCGCUCGCGUAUUGUUAUGUUACUGGGUCUUAUGUUUUCACUGGGCAACAUAUUGCUACCCGUAGUCGCACUGGGCGUUUUGCCAAGCCAUUGGGACUUCCAGAUAUUGGGCUUGCAGUUUCAUUCGUGGCAAAUAUUUUUGGCACUUAGCACUAUACCUUGUCUACUUGGAGGCGCCUUACUCAGUUUCUUCCCCGAAAGCCCGAAAUUUUUAAUGUCACAAGGUCGAAAUGCUGAAGCACUGCGGAUUUUCCAGCGCAUAUAUGCGAUGAAUAAUCGUAAACCACGUGAAGACUAUCCGAUCAAAGAACUCAUCAACGAACAAUCCAGCUCUGAGAAGACGAGUGAUGAUGCAUCUACUGUAAGCAUAGCCACGAUUGAGGAGUCGAUACCGAAAGAAAAGGAAACUGUCAAGCCCAAAUUACCCAUAAAGGAAAAGAAGCCAAAAUUGAGUCUUCGUCAGGGAUUACAACAGCUCCGUCCAUUACUUAGAAAACCCUAUCUCGGUCUGUCUCUGCAAGUGUACCUGAUAAAUUUCGCUAUUUUGCUUGGUCAAAAUACAUUGCGUCUAUGGAUGCCACAAAUGUUCGCUUCCAUUGAGGAAUACGAACAGAGGCAUGGCACUGAGGAUGCUACAAUGUGUACCAUCUUAGAGUACAGCGUUAACAAGACGCAAUCUCAAAUAACGCAAUCAGCAAUAAACAAAUGUGAAGUGAUUAUCACUGCCGCCUCGUAUACCAAUAAUAUAACGGUAGCAAUAACUAGCUGUGUCGGCUAUUUACUAGCUGGCUUCGUAAUUAAUCGGAUUGGUAGUAAAAUGUUGCUUGCAAUUUGUUCUAUAAUAGCAGGACUUUGUGCAAUUGGACUUUAUUUCUCAAUAUCCGCUUUGAGUACAUUGAUCAUCAUCUCGAUAUCGGUGUCUGUGGGAAGCAUAUCAGCUAUGUCAGUAAUCAGCUCUUCGGUUGAUCUAUUUCCCACUUCUUUGAGAACAAUGAUUGUAUCUUUGGCAAUGAUGUUCGGACGCAUAGGUUCCAUAUUGGGGAACAUACUUUUCCCCAUUUUCAUGUCACUCGGCUGUAUUCCACCAUUUAUAAUGCUCGCAUUCGUAAUGUUUUCUGCUGGAAUAAUGUCUGCAUUUUUACCAAGUACCAGGAAGACAGUUUUGAAAUAAAUUAUUUUAGCAUAGUAACAUAUGUGCAUAUACAUAUAUAU